AUGAGCGAGACGCUGCCGUGUGAGACGCACCGGAUAGAGCCACACCGACGCGCGCUCCGAGCUUCGGCAGUCAUCUCUGCACGUGCCGGGUCGUUUAACGAGGCUGCUUCAUAAUUAUGGCUUCGUUUCGUUUUGUCUGCAGUCUUGAGGGCGAACCGGAGACCUCGGCCAUCGGUGGAAACUGAGAUGCGUUUUUCUGAGCCGGUGUCGCCUGCUGUGCGGAUGCUUUCCGAAAUGGUGUCUAAUCCUAAACUGAGCUGCCUCCCUCCAGAAAAAAAGGGAAGAACAGAAAAUGGUGCUUUCGGCACAGGACACUUGUGAGAUGAGGGAUGAGAAGAAAAACUCUGAUCUGUGUUUGUUUUCUGCUGCGGAUUACAGCACAUCGAGAUGGGAAGCAUUUCUGAGCUUCUUUUCUGUUAGGGCCGCGUUGAUCGUCUCGUGCACUCGGCUCUGGCCGGCAGGAAAACAGCGCUGCUCCGUGAUUGGAUGUGGGCAAACAGACCGCCUCGGCUGCUGCAUAGAUGGCAAACACGAGUGAGUUUGGGGAGAGCAGCUCGUCCUUACAGAACUAUGCGUCCACGGCCUCUGCGGUCAAGCUGGCCUCUCUAGGGCUGAUCAUGGGCACGAGCCUGCUGGGAAACGCGUCGCUGUCGCUGCUGCUGCUGAAGGACAGCUCGCUGCGCAGGGCUCCCUACUAUUUCCUGCUGGACCUGUGCCUGGCGGACGUGGUGCGCUCCGCCGUCUGCUUCCCCUUCGUGAUGGCAUCGAUCAGCAGCGGCUCCACCUGGCCGUACAGCGCGCUCAGCUGCAAGAUCGUCGCCUUCAUGUCGGUGCUCUUCUGCUUCCACGUCGCCUUCCUGCUCUUCUGCGUGAGCGUCACCCGGUACAUGGCCAUCGCCCACCACCGCUUCUACUCCAAACGGAUGAAUCUGUGCACCUGCGUCGCGGUGAUCUGCAUGGUUUGGACUCUCUCGGUUGCCAUGGCUUCCCCCCCGGUCUUCGACGUGGGUACCUACAAGUUCAUCCGCGAGGAGGAGCAGUGCAUCUUCGAGCACCGCUACGUGAAGGCCAACGACACCCUGGGCUUCAUGCUGAUGCUGGUCGUCAUCGUGGGGACCACGCACGUGGUUUACAUAAAGAUGCUGUGCUUCGUUUACGACCACCGCAAAAUGAAGCCUGCUCAGCUGGUUCCAGCCAUCAGCCAGAACUGGACCUUCCACGGGCCCGGAGCCACCGGGCAGGCCGCCGCCAACUGGAUCGCCGGCUUCGGGCGCGGGCCCACCCCGCCGACGCUGGUGGGCAUCCGGCAAGCUUCGCACCCCGGCAACAGGAGGCUGCUGGUGCUGGACGAGUUCAAGAUGGAAAAACGCAUCGGGAAGAUGUUCUACAUGAUAACGCUGACAUUUUUCAUUCUGUGGGCUCCCUACAUAAGCUCGUGCUACCUGAGGAUAUUUGUGCGCGGGGCUCCCGUGCCACAGCUCUACCUGUCCGCCGCGGUGUGGAUGAGCUUCGCCCAGGCGGGGGCCAACCCCAUCAUCAGCUUCUUGUUCAACAAGGAGCUCCGGAUGAGACUCAGAGCCUGUUUUCCCUGCUGCCUGGGAACGCAAACGCCCAUGGAGCCAUACUGUGUCAUAUGAAGCCCAACUGGCCCUAAAACACUGCCAAAGACUCGUUUAUACGUCCUCACAGAAUGUACCCCCCCCAAAGAAAAGAUGUUUGUAUAGAUGCAGAGUAGGAUGAGCUAGAGGAAAGAGGGACCUUCAGAUUUAUUUACCCGCGUUUUAAUUUACGUCACUAAUUUUACUCAGACUGAAUCAGGUUGACGUGAAGCUGUUAAAUGAAGGUUAAACGUUUUAAGGUCUGAUUUAUUCUGCAUUAGACUCAUUCAGCUUCAUAUAUGUGACAAACACGUCCAGUUAUAUCCCACCUUCCCCCAUAUUAAUGCUUCUCCUCCAUCUCACUGAAUGUCUCUGGUUAUGUGUUCUUUCUAAAAUGAUGAUUUUUCUUUUUGCCCGUUUCUAAGACUUGAAAGAAAAACUGCAGCAGUGUUUUAUCUCUGACCACUGUCACAUGCUUGGUCCGUGACUCAGAUUUCAGUCUAUUUUUAUUAAGGUAAAGCCUGGAAAUACUGUAAAUACGUUAAAGGCCCAUCAGCGUCUGUUUUUUAACCCAGCCAGUAAAAUCUUGUAUAUUUCAUCAUCUGUGACAGACGCUGUCAAAAACUCACUGAAGAAUAAUUUGCUCAUCUUUCAUCUUCAUCGCUUGUGUUGAGAGGCAACUUCAUGGUUUCAGGAUAUGGGACAGCAUGCUCUUUCUGUAGAUCUGGACUCUCUGGAUCUGGACUCUGAAACUGGGAAUAGUUCUGAUGCUUUUAAAAGGAUGUGUGCAUUGUUUGUAUUUCUUAGCAAAUAAAUGAGAAACGGAGGAAAUGUUGGGCUCACCUGUUUUUAGCGAGAAAUUAAGGGGGAACCUGGAGGGACCAUCUAGGGGAUCUGGAGGUCCUGGAUGGUCCUCCUCUCUUCAUUGCAGUCUCACGUGUCCACAUGUAGAAAAUGGGGGUUUAUUUGCUCUGCACUUACAGGGUCAUACAUGUUAUAUGCAGUGAGUUUCUCAUUUAUAAUGGCUAGCUCUCGCUAACGGCUAAGUUAAAACACAAAGGUUCCUGGCCAAUACAUUCCUGUUGUUUAUUUAUUUGUUUGUUUACUCUGUCUUCCCUGUGGGGGUGUGGUACAUCUAAACUUCUAAAUGAUUUCACUACUGCUUGUGUUGGGUGUCCAGAGAGG